CCCAUUAACUAGUUUUGUGAUUAAGCCGGAGAAGUGCGCAUUAAACUUGAGUGUACAUCCAUCCUCGUUAACCCUUCCUUCCUUCAUGUUGUUUUUGCCGGAAAUCUUGAAUUGAGUUCAACAAACUCUCACCGAUUGCAUGAUCCUCCAAAACCCUAAUCUAUCGAAUGCAAGUUUGCCUCUCAUCCUUCUGAUUUGAAUCAUUUGCCAGGAUGGCAAAUGAUAACCGUCGAAGUAAUAAAGUUAAGGAGGAUGAUAAUAAGUCAAAGAAGAAAGGUGUAACGCCGGAUGCGUCGCCUGCUUCUAGCUCAAGAAGGUCAUCUAGAGGGACAAAAGAAAGUCCGAUUAAAGAAAAUCAGAUUAGUACUCGUAAGUCUUCGAGAUUGGAAAAGAGGAAUGUAUCCAGUACAACUCCAGGUAGGGGAAAAGCAGAGAAAACGAAUGAACAAACUAUAACUCCUACGAAGCAACAUGAUAGACGCAAGAAGCUUGAUGUGGGCAUUUCAGCUGUCAAUCUUCGAAGUAGGGGUGCAGUAUCUCCCGCCACAUCAGAUUUGAAGUCAAAGAAGAGGCAGGUUGCAGGUGGUGGUAGGAAAAGGAAGAGAAUUGGCGCUUGCACUAAUAAGGAUUUAUCUAAACCACCAAGUGCAAAAACUGAAGAAGGUGAUGAUAAAGAUAAAGAAGUUGAAGAAAAGUCGUCGGAAUCCAAUUCCAGCAGCAGUAGUUGCAGAGAGGUGGAAAAACCAGAUAGCUUUAAGUAUGUGGAUGAUAUAGAUGGCAGUGAUGAUGACUGCAGUGAUAGUAAUGGAAAAGAAUCUACUGAGAAAGCUUCUAAAAGACAAUGCAUGACAUCAGAUCAAAAUGAAUCUGAAAAUGAUGGAGUUAUUGAUCCAGAACAAGAUAGGACUCCAUGUGAAGCAGUGGCUGUAGCUGAAAUUGUUGAAAAGAAUAAUGUUGUGUCAAGGAUCGACACGAGUAUAUGCAUUGCUUGCAAAAAGCUAAGAUGUGGCCACCUUCCUUUGGUCGUAGAGUCAGUCUGGGAUACUCGAGAAGUGGAGGUCUCUGAAGCUCAAGGUUUGCAGAAACAAAAGCAGUAUUUUGUUAAAUACAAAGGUCUUGCGCAUAUUUACAACCAGUGGAUAAUGGAAACUCAGUUGCUACUUGACGCCCCAUUGCUUGCAGAAAGUUAUACUCAAAACGGCUCGGUAAAGUGGAAUGAAGAAUGGACCGUUCCACAUCAGCUGUUGAAGAAAAGAUUAUUAUUGUCGUUGGAUCGAGUACGUGAAAGUCAAGAGAAUACAGAGGUCUUGAAUUACCGUCACGAGUGGCUUGUGCAAUGGCAAGGCCUUGAUUACGAGCAAGCUACAUGGGAAUCAGAAAACAUAUCGGUUUUAGAUUCACCCGAAGGUCGUAAUCUCAUUAAAGAUUAUGAAAAGAAUCAUGGAAAUGCAAAGAUAUACGAUUCUUCAGAUAAUGAUAGGAUUGAGGAAAUCACGGUAAAACUUCCGACUAUUUUUGCUGGCUGCCCACCUGGAAUGGAUAAUAUCCAUUCAAGCUACGUUAAGAACUUGCAUGAUGCUUGGAACAAAGGACACAUCAGCAUUGUUUUCGAUGACCAGGAGCGAUCAACGAGGAUUGUUCUCUUUAUUCUCUCGUUGAAGUCUGUAUCUCUGCCUUUACUACUUAUAACAAGACAUGAUUCUCUAUCGCAAUGGGAAGCUAUGUUCUCAAAGUUAGCACCUUUUAAUGCGUUCAAAGUUUCCAUCGAGGAAACACAUGACAAAACAAGUUGCAAACUGCUAAAUGUUCGAGAGGACGGUGGUCAGUUAGCAUUCCAACUACUUCUAUACCCCGUGGAUGCAUUUGUUAAGGAUUUGGAUGUGUUAAAAGCCAUAAAAUGGGAAGCUGUUAUAGUCGAUGAGUCGCAGAGCUCCGAUAUCUCGUCUCAUUUUAGUCACAUCAAGAGCCUAUCCACUUAUAAGCGGUUACUUGUUUUCUGUGGUCCGUUAGGUGUGAGCAACCUUGAUGUGAUGCCGUUGGUAGAGUGUGGUGUCAUAACGAAAACCGAAUUGAGUGAUAUUAGCAAACUGAAGGAAACGUUGUCUAAGCUUAUUGCAUACGAAUGCAAAUCCAGCUCAUCGAAAUUUGUGGAAUAUUGGGUUCCGGUACAGAUAUCAAAUGUGCAGCUUGAACAAUAUUGUUCGAUGUUACUUUCGAAUGCAAUGGCUCUUAGUGCAUGCUCAAAAAGCGAUGCUACAGGGGCUCUUCACGACAUUCUUGUGUCUAACCGCAAGUGUUGUGAUCACCCCUACAUAGUUGACCAAUCUCUACAAGCGGUCCUUAAUAAGGAUCUGGAGCCGGUUAAGUUUCUAGACGUUGGCAUAAAAGCAAGUGGCAAAUUACAAUUUCUGGACGUUAUACUUCCCGAACUGAGAAAACGUCAGCUCAGAGUACUUAUUGUAUUUCACCCAUUAAGUGGGUCGGGAAAAGAUUCGACUUCAAUCGGUGACAUAUUAGAUGAUUUUGUCCGUCAAAGAUUCGGUGCAGAUUCGUAUGAGCGUGUAGACGCAGGAAUGAUGCUGUCGAAAAAGCAAGUGGCUUUAAGUAACUUUAACAACAAAGAAACGGGUAGAUUCAUAUUCUUACUCGAACACCGUGCUUGUCUUCCGAGUAUAAAAUUAUCAUCAAUAGACACUAUAAUCAUAUUCGACAGUGAUUGGAAUCCCGCAAAUGAUUUAAGAGUGUUACAGAGAAUCGCAAUUGAUUCACAAUCGGAACAAAUUUUGACUUUCCGGUUAUACACUUCAUUAACGCUAGAAGAAAAGAUUCUUAGACUUGCAGAGCAUAACGUAACUAUUGAUAGCAAGUUGCAGAAUAUAAGUAGAAGUACUAGUGAUAAGUUACUCAUGGGGGAUGCCGCGUACUUGUUUAAGAAACUUGAUGAGUUUCAUAACGAUUUGAAUGUUUCCUCCGAUGAAUGUUGGUGGAAUGAGCUUGUAGAAGAGUUUGUAGACUUGCUUUCGUACAAAUGUAAUGAAAAGGAUGCAGGGAAGUUGAAAAUUACGAGAGCGAAACCGAUUUGUGGUAAAAACGUUACGGUCCAGAACGAGCUAGAUGGAGAACCACAUACGUUUUGGAGAAAGUUAUUGGCAGGAAGGGAUCCGUGUUGGAAGUAUUUAUCUAGGUCGACUCCGAGGCAAAGGUCAUCGAAAAGACCGCAGUAUUUUGAGGAGACAUCGAAAAAAACAAAUGUCAUUAAUGAUGAUGUUGGGCGUAAGCGUAAGAAGACUACGAAUAAUAUUAUUGAGCCUGAAGCAUCAAAGCCAGUAAUAGGAGGAAUUGCAAAUAGCUCCGUUGAUCCUGUUGCAUCGAAGCCAGUAAUAGGAGGAAUUAUAAAGAACACUGUUGAUCCUGUUGCAGCAAAGCCAGUAAUAGGAGUUGCAAAUAACACCGUUGAUCCUGUUGCAUCAAAGCCAGUAGUUGAUCCUGUUGCAUCAAAGCCAGUAAUAGAAGGGGAAAUGAGUUUUCGGGACCAACUGAAGCUCAAAAUAUCUAAAUUAUGUGAAGUGCUUAAGUUGUCGGAGGAUGUGAAGCUGACGGUGGAAAGAUUUCUCGAUUAUGUUAUCGAGAAUUACCGUGUCAACAAGGAACCCGAAAACACAUUACACGCUUUCUUGAUAUCCCUGUGUUGGAUUGGUUCUGGAUUAUUAAAACACAAGUUGGAUAGGAAGCAAUCCAUCAGUCUCGCAAAUAAACACUUGGAUUUCUGUUGUAAGGAAGACGAAGCAAACUCGGUCUACUUAAAGCUGGAAUUUGCAAAAGAGAUGUUCUUACUUCACACUGACAACCAAAAGAAAACCGUUGUUUCAAAAGAUACUAUACCCGACGUUAAAAUCAAGAUUUCAGAUAGCCCAUCUAAUGAUGAUGAUAGUGGUGGCGGCGGCAGCGGCAGCGGCGGUGAUUGCAACCAAAAAGAUGAAGACCGGAACAAUAAUAAUUUGGUUCCGCCUUCAGUUUUUCCGGCUUCUGGUCAAUCGGUUCCGACAGAUCUGGUUAAUAAGAUUAAUAAUUCAAAAGCUACACCACUUCAGCGUGGUGAAGAACCAUGCUUACCAUCCGAGAAUCAAUCCAAUAUACAUCUCAGUGAACAACGGUCCGAUACCCAAAAUCCUCUAGUUUCUGAGUCUAGUGCACAAGCUCCAAAUCAAGAUGUUACACAGCGUGGCUCAAACCAGUUGAAUGGUAACCAAAGGGCCCCACGUAAGAAGCCUUAUGAUCCGCUUCAAGCUGAAUUGGAAAGACUAUGUGACUUGAAAAACACUUAUGUCAAAAUUCAUGACGCCAUUAAGCUGAAGAUAAAGUCUGAUCACGAGAAGGAAUUAGCAGAAAUGAUCGCUCAGAUCAAUGCUAAAUACGAAGCGAGAAAUCAGGAUGCGGAUGCAGCGUUUCAGUCAAAAAAGAAGGAAGUUGAAACGUGUUUCAACAGAGUGGUCACGAAUAAAGUAUUGGCGGAAGCUUUUAGGUCUAAGUGCGUAGAUCUGUCUUCAAUUGAUCCUUCGGAAAUUCAAGGAUUACAGAAUCUGCCUCAGUUUAAAGGGCAAGCGCGUUCCAAUGGGGUUACUUUUUCGAGUUCACCGGCUCAAUCUUCUAGAAGCCAGCAGGUUACAGGGCUGCAACCGCCUCUUCAAAUAGUUAAUCAGUCUUCACAACUUUUCUCAACCCCACCUGUCAAACCACCAUCUAAUAAUACUGACUCCUACACCAGACCACCGCCAUCUAAUACCAUCCCAUACGCCAGACCAUCACCAUCUAAUACCAACCCCGCUUCCAGACCGCCACCAUCUACCUUCGUCCCCGCCAGUACACCAAUCAAACCUCCCUUUACUCCCAGUAUACCAAGUAGACCGCCACCAGGUGUCAACUCCAUCACCCCCUCUACCAGACCACCACCAUCUACCACCGUCCCCACCAGUACACCAAGCAAACCUCCCUUUACUCCCAGUAUACCUAGUAGACCACCGCCAGGUGUCAACCCCAUUACCGCCGCUAGCAGACCUAUGAACCCCAUCACCGCCACUAGCAGACCACCAACUAACAUCAUCCCAGCGGCUCCUGCCAGGAAUGUACGAAUAACUGAAAUCCGAGCUACACCUCCACAUCUUCGACCCUUUAGGCAUUUAACACCGGCAUCUCCUCAUGACCAUAGAACGAUGCCAAGUCAGCGCCCGUCUAGCAGCUCAUCACUGUCUCAAACCUCAGCUCAACCGUUGACAUCACAAACACCACCUUUGCCGACAAAUCAUAACACCAAUCCUACUCAGAAUUCACCAAGAGGUUCGCCUAUAACUUCAUCUCAGCCAGUAGCACCGCCAGCAUCAGUUCAGCUAUCAUCGUCACACUCUUGGCACCCUCUUGGUACCCGGCCAGCAACGUCAUCCUCACAUUCCCAAGUAUCAUUACCACCAAUGCCAUCGGUAAGCAUAAGCCACUCGGGACUUUAUAAACCAACCCCACCUGAUUUGCCUAUGGACAAUGAUAAGCAAGAUGGUUUGCAUCCGCCAAACACGUCCCCAUCACCACCUGUGUCGACCGACUUAGGUAAAGAAGGUACUGUAGUUUGUUUGUCUGAUGAUGGUGAUUCAUCAUGAUUAAGUGGCACUUGUAUAAGAGUGAAUGUGAAGCAGGGCCUUUUUUAGAUAAAAACAUUGGCUAACUAGUUAGUCUAAGCAUAUGUUUGUUGAUCAUUAUUAAACAACUUUAAUCUUUAGAUUUUUCGCCUGUUA